GGCGGUUUGGAGAGAGGCCUGAGCAGAAGGAAUGAGCCCGGAAAAGCAGCAGGAGGAAAAGGAUGAGGUCGACUCCGUUCUCCUUUCUGCGUCCAAAAUCCUAAAGUCCUCAGAGGGGGUAAAGGACAGUAGUGGCGGUGAAACAGAACAUGGCUGCAUAUCAGAAUCAGAAAAUCAAAUCCAACCCCAAUCGGCACUGAAAGUCCUUCAGCAUCAGCUGGAAUCAUUUCAGGCUCUGCGGAUGCAGACUUUGCAGAAUGUUAGCAUGGUACAAUCUGAAAUCAGUGAAAUAUUGAACAAAAGUAUUAUUGAAGUAGAAAACCCUCAAUGUAGCUCAGACAAAAAUCUAGUAUUCAGCUCACGCAUUGAAAAGGAUUUGCCUAUAGAGAAUCAAGAAGGAACCCUCUCUAUGGAGAAAAUGCAUCAUUUUGAAGAUUCUAGGACUCUUCAUUCAGUGGAAGAAAAAUUCAUUAGUGAUAAUGUUAACAGUCUUCCUCAAAAUGUAAAUAUUCCAUCCCAGAUACAUCUCAAGGACAUAUUAACUCUGAGAACUUCAACAGAUAAUUCAUCUUUAAAUGUAAUUGUGAACCCUUCAGAUAAUUCUGAAACAUUGAAGAAUUAUAAUAACCUUCAUAGUUUUCUACCUACUGCCCCUCAAAAUGUGAUGUCUCAAGCUGAUACAGUAAUUCUGGAUAAAUCCAAAAUUACUGUGCCUUUUCUCAAGCAUGGAUUUUGUGAAAAUUUGGAUGAUAUUUGCUACUCUAUCAAACAAAUGAAGGAAGAGCUUCAAAAGUCACAUGAGAGGGAGCUGGCACUUACAAAUGAACUUCAAACUUUAAAAACUGAUAUAAGUAUUCAAAGUAAUGGUAAAUAUGACUUGUCCCCUAUUCAUAAGGAAAAAAUUAACUUUAUUAAGGGAGAAAACACAGAAGGUAACUUAAAUGAAGACAUAAAAUUAAAGAGGAUUUCAGAAUUAGAGGCAUUAGUAAAUAAAUUACUCCCAUUCAGGGAAAUGGUAUCAAAAAUCCAUGUGAAUUUCUGUAGGAAAUGUAAAAAAUUAUCUAAGAGUGAAAUACAUAGGGGAAAGAAGAAUGAGAAAAACAAUAAGGAAAUUCCUAUCACGGGUAAGAGUAUUACAGAUUUAAAAUUCCAUUCCAGGGUACCAAGAUAUACACUGUCAUUCCUUGACCAAACAAAACAUGACAUGAAAGACCAAGAAAGGCAACCAUUUAUAGCAAAACAAGGAUCAAUAAUAUUUGAAAAUCAGAAAACAUCCAAAGUCAAUUCUGUUACUGAGCAGUGUGUUGCAAAAAUUCAGUACUUACAGAAUUACCUAAAAGAAUCUAUGCAGAUACAGAAAAAAGUAACAGAACUGGAGAAUGAAAAUCUAAACCUUAAGACCAAAAUAAAACCUCUUGUCUUAACCACACAAUCUCUGAUACAGAAAAUUGAAACAUAUGAAAAACAACUUAAGAAUCUGAUGGAAGAAAAGAGCAUUAUUCAGUCUAAUUUAAUUAAAACAGAAGAAGAUGGCAAGGAGUGUCUCAAAGAAUUAAAAAAAAUAAUUAGUAAAUAUAAUGUUCUCCAAAGCCAAAAUAAAACUCUAGAGGAAAAAAAUAGCCAACACAUUAUAGAAGAGAUGAUAGAAAGCAGGUACAAGGUAGAAGGAAUAAACAUUAGCAACACAGUAAGGGGUAAAAACAUACUAUAUUUCAUGAGGCUGAAGAAAAGGAUAUAUGAAAAUAAUAAGGAGAAAGACAACAUGAAAGUAGGUUAUAGCCACAUUACAAAAGGCCUUCAGUUCUGUGUAACGAAUGUUUGA